GCGGUUUAACCACUAUUUCCAACCCACUCCAUAAUAAUUCUCUCUCUCUCUCUCUCUCUCAAUCCAAAGUAGUUUGGUGGGUUCUUUGCAAUUUCUGCACGUAGAUCAUUCUAUCUUGCUCUUAAAGCCAAAAAGGGUCGUGUUAUAACAGGCAUAUGCACACAACUCGCAUCGCAUGAUACAAAUUAGUGCUUCGGUGUAUCCAUUCCAAGACAAGAAGGGUGUGUUUGCGCUUGGUUCCCCUCUCUCGCUCUCUCUCUCUCUCUCUCUCUCUCUCUCUCCGCUUGACCAUCUCGUGUGUCAGAGAGAUGAAAGAUCGCUCAGAACGAUUCAUGGUCCUUCCCUUCAACAUCAGUUGCGCUUCCCUCUCCAGCGUCGCCGUGAGCACCACAUGUCAGGAGAAGCAGAAGACGGAAUCACUCGACGUCGCCUCCAUAGCAAAAGGAAGACAAAAUGGAGAAGCUGGACCCUCCAAGGAGAGAGCCAAGGGCUCUCAUGGCUACCCCACUUUGCCAAAACCUAACACCAACUUUGGAUUUUGGCACAAGCUGAGGAAGAGCAUCAAAGGUUUCACUCAAUUAUUUGUUUAUAGAGAAGAGGAGGAGAUGGAGGAAAUAGACGUGGAGCUCGAGAUCGGGUAUCCGACCGACGUGAAGCACGUGACCCACAUCGGGUUGGACGGAUCCACGCACACCGACCCGGUCAAAGAGUGGGAGAACAUCAACACUCCGGAGCUCCUCGCCUUCCCUUCACUUUCUUUAAAGCAAUUCGAGUUCGCCAUGGCCGCACGGACAAAUCGUCCCCUUACUACUGAUCCCGCCAAGUUCUAAUCGAUACGAUGUUGCUGGAAAGUUUAGAGUUCCGGACGCCAAUUCCCACGCAUUUGAUGUUCUUGAGCAAAUGUGGUUUGGUUGUAAUGAUCUAGUGGGGAAAUUCAUGUUUGCAAGAAUACUGCUUUUAUUCAGCUCUAUUCCAAAGUGUUUUUUUUUUUUUUUUUUAAGGUAGCAAGUUAUGACCAAUGUUUUGUUCCCCCUUUUACGGAAUCAUGGGACAUUCUUGAUC